AUGCUGGUGGGAUUGAAAGGGAAAACCUUUACGUUAGUCUUCGAGAACAUGUUGCCCAAUGCCUCUGGCAACCCGGGCGAUGCCAUGAACGGCGCUAACUCAACACACAACGGGACUGCAAGCAGCGCCUUCAGCCACACGAUCUUUAUCUCGUUCAUUUACUCGGUCGUGUGCUUCGUCGGGCUGUGCGGGAACUCCCUGGUCAUCUACGUGAUCCUGAGGUACGCCAAAAUGAAGACAGCAACCAACAUCUACAUCUUAAACCUGGCAAUUGCCGACGAACUGUUCAUGCUGAGCGUGCCCUUCCUGGUGACGGCCACGCUGCUGGAUCACUGGCCCUUCGGCUCGUUGCUCUGCCGGCUGGUGCUCAGUGUGGACGCCGUCAACAUGUUCACUAGCAUCUACUGCCUCACUGUCCUCAGCGCGGACAGGUACAUCGCGGUGGUGCACCCCAUCAAAGCGGCCAGCUACAGGAGACCCACCAUAGCCAAAGCAGUGAACCUGGCGGUGUGGCUGCUGUCCACGCUGGUGAUCUUGCCUUUCAUCAUAUUUGCAAACACGGCCCCCAACCCCGACGGCUCCGUGGUCUGCAACAUGCAGAUGCCCAAACCCGACAGGCAGUGGCUGGAAGUGUUCGUGGUCUAUACGUUCCUCAUGGGCUUUCUCAUUCCCGUCGUGGCUAUCUGUCUGUGCUACAUCCUCAUCAUUGUCAAAAUGAGGGCGGUGGCUCUCAAAGCGGGCUGGCAACAGCGGAAGAAGACGGAGAGGAAGAUCACCUUGAUGGUGAUGAUGGUGGUGACCGUGUUUGUGAUGUGCUGGAUGCCAUUUUACAUCGUACAGUUGGUGAAGAUAUUUCUGGGGCGACAAAAUCUGACCGUCAGCCAGCUGGUGGUGGUCUUAGGUUACGCCAACAGCUGUGCUAACCCUAUUCUCUACGGCUUUCUGUCGGACAACUUCAAGCGAUCGUUCCAGAGGAUCCUGUGCCUGCGAUGGAUGGACAAUGUUGCAGAGGAGCCCAUGGAUUACUAUGCCACGGCCCUCAAAAGCAGACCAUACAGCGCGGAGGAAUUCCAACAGGACCCGAUGGAGUCAGAGAGUGUGUACCGCAAUGGUACCUGUACCUCAAGAACCACCACCCUCUGA